UUGUGGAAAUUUAUUGUUUUGGUGUGUUUUGAAAGUUGCGCAAAAGGUCUUGCGGUCCGGUUUGUAGUGUAGAUAAAUGAAUAGAAAAUGGUUAAAGUCGGUAGAUGCAUUUCCUAAAAUGUUACCUUCCCGUCAUCUACUGAACGGAUGGCUCGGUCGAGCAAUUCUGCUGAAAUAUUUCGGAUCUCCGAAACGAUGGAUCAGCUGUUCCGUGACGUUCCGUAGAAGUCACUACGAUUCGCUAGGCGUGACAGCGAACGCAACUCAGAACGAUAUUAAGCAGGCGUACUAUAAGCUGUCCAAACUGUACCAUCCGGACAAAAACAAGGGCAGCGAAAUAGCGGCCGAAAAAUUUCGGGAUAUCACUGCAGCGUACGAGGUCCUAGGGAACUACCGGUUGAGGAAGCUGUACGACAAAGGUAUUCUGCAUACGGCAGGUCGACAGUUUGCGAGCGAAGCAGCGACUGAGGCAGCAGAACACACUGAGGACGAUGCUCAGACUCGGUUCUAUAAGAAACGCAUGACCAGGACCCAUGCUCCGACGGCAACGGGACGAACUCCGAUCUACGACUUCGACGAGUGGGCCCGUUGCCAUUACGGGUCGAAGUUCGACCAAAAGAUAAAGGCAGAGGAACGGUUCAAGAAAAAGGCUGAGCGAGAAGAGAUUUUCAAAACCCGCCUGCAGCAUGAGUACAUCAUAUUCCCGCUGUUAUUUUUUUGUGUAGUGUACUGUGUGAUAGUGUUCCAAGAGGGUACUUACGAUACUCCCAAACCGGUAACGAAAGAUGAGCCUUGAAAAGGCCAAAGGGUAUACAGUUUGUGUUAAACAGGAGUCAUCGUAUUAUUUAUCUGUACAUAUUUUAGAACAAUAACAAUAUACAGAAGGCUCCUGUGCAACGAGAGUCGAAAGUCAACGCGUCA